ACGACGAGAAAGCACUGACAACUUGACAAGUGAGCUGUCAAGUUGAAGUUGAAACCGGAAGUCUGCGCGAGAGUUGCGAAAACUUCGUACAAAUAAUGACCUUUGUGUAGAAAGUUAGAAACAAUAAAAACUAGUGUUAAGGAUUAACGUUAAGUGUAACAAUGUAUUUAGCAUGGCUAGCCAUCCUACUGCUGAGUACAGCGGGCUGGGCGCAGGACGAGGACGACGGGCCCUACCGCGGCAAGCUGCUCGGGAAACUCAACUCCUACCAUCACCAGGUGACAGGCGAAGUGUAUGCAGUGGAUGACUGGACGCUGCUGCUGGUGAACUUCAACUACGAUGGCACAGGGGACGACACCUUUUUCUGGGCCGGUGACUCAGCACGGCCCGGCCCGCAGGGUUUCAUUGUGCCCGAUGAACAUGGCAAGACGAACAUCCUGGAGCGGUACUACAACGCGGCGGUGCGGCUGGCGCUGCCGGAGGGCAAGCGCGUGUCGCGGCUCAAGUGGCUCGCCGUGUACGACAUCGCCUCGCAGAACGCGUUCGGCGACGUGUACGUGCCCGACGAGUUCGAGGCGCCGGCGCCGCAGACGGCGGGCGCGCUGGCCGGCUCCGGCGUCUCCAGCGGCACGCUGCAGCUGCUCGACGCCAAGACCAUCCUAGUGCCGGAGUUCCGGUACGACGGCGCGGGCGGCGAGGCCUACUUCUGGGCCGGCGCCGGCCCGCAGCCCAGCGCGCGCGGCUUCAAGCUGCCCGACGAGUAUGGCUACCUGGAGCCGCUGCCGGCGUACCGCGGCGCGGACGUGCGACUGACGCUGCCGGGCGCGCACACGCUGUUCACGGUGAGCUGGCUCGCCGUGUGGGACGCGGCCGCGCGCCGCGCGCUCGCCUCCGUGCUGCUGCCCGAGCGGCCCAACGUGCCGCCCGCGCUCACCGCGCUCCACCCGCACAGGUCGACGCUGCCGUCGUGCCGGCAGCUGCACCGCGACCUGCAGGUCAGCUGGGAGGUGUUCGGCAACCAGCUCACCAUACAGCUCGCCGGCAAGAUCGGUGACAACGAGUACAUGGCGUUCGGCAUCUCGGGGUCGGCGCAGCGCUCGCAGAUGGAGGGCGCCGACGUGGCCGUGGCCAGCUUCGACCGCACGUACCAGCGCGGCCGCGCCACCGACUACAACAUCACGGCCCUAGCGCCGUGUGUGCAAGUAUUGGGUCAGUGGCGCGGCGUGUGUCGCGACGAGCGGCUCGGAGCGCUGGACUCUAACCAAGUGUUCACCGCCUCGCGCACAGAUGGCGUCACCGUCGUCACCUAUAGGCGGGCCCUACAGCCCUCGGAGCCGAUCGACCGCGAGUGGGUGACAGACAAGCCUAUGUUCGUGGUUUGGGCUGUGGGAGCCCUGGACUCCGAGGACGAACCCACCUUCCAUCGUCUCUGGCCGCGCGCUGACGUCACGCUCAACAUCUCGCAGGAGACCAGUCAGGCCGGCGGCGACGACUGUGUCGAGUUCAGCGUAGGCUCGACGGCGUCACCGGGCGCGUGGGAGACGGCGGAGCUGUUCGACCCGGCGCUGCGCGUGUUCACGUUCGCGCUCGGGCCGGCGGGGGGCGCGCGGGGGGUGUCCGCGCGGGGAGGAGGGGGAGCGCCGCUCGCCUGGUACGUCAACGGCCAGCUCGCGCCCGACAUACAGAUCCGGAGGGGGCUGCACUACACCUUCAAGGUGUUCGGCGGCAACAACCCGCACUCGGCGCACGAGUACCACCCGCUGAUCGUGUCGGUGGCGCCGCGCGGCGGGCUGGAGCAGCUGCCCGAGGCGGCGCAGCGCGCGGUGCGCGUGCUGGCCGGCGUGCACUACACGCGCCGCGGCCGCCUCACCGCCACCGCAGCGGGCCCGCUGUGCCUGGCGUCGCACGCGGCGGGCGCGGACCCGCGGCGCGCGGCCGACUUCGCCACCUUCCGCGCCUACAACAGGAGCCUGCAGUGGACCUGCAGCCCCGGGGCCCCCGCCGAGCUGCCCGUGGCGCCCAACGACACCUGGCCCGACCUCGUCUACUACAACUCCUUCACGCACGCCGGUGAGCCCGCACCACACACUAUACACUCCUACAACAGGAGCCUGCAGUGGACCUGCAGCCCCAGGGCCCCCGCCGAGCUGCCCGUGGCGCCCAACGACACCUGGCCCGACCUCGUCUACUACAACUCCUUCACGCACGCCGGUGAGCCCGCACCACACACUAUACACUCCUACAACAGGAGCCUGCAGUGGACCUGCAGCCCCAGGGCCCCCGCCGAGCUGCCCGUGGCGCCCAACGACACCUGGCCCGACCUCGUCUACUACAACUCCUUCACGCACGUCGGUGAGCCCGCACCACACACUAUACACUCCUACAACAGGAGCCUGCAGUGGACCUGCAGCCCCGGGGCCCCCGCCGAGCUGCCCGUGGCGCCCAACGACACCUGGCCCGACCUCGUCUACUACAACUCCUUCACGCACGCCGGUAUGGGCGGGCGCAUCUUCGUGGUGGACCGGCCGAAGCGCAACCUCAACAAGAAGGGUAACAGCGCAGCGGCCGCGGGCUCCAGCUUAGUACUCCUGCUGAUCGGGGCUCUCCUAGCCGGAGCGAGGCUCUGCGCACAGUAUUAGGCUGCGAGGGGCCCGGUGUCUGCCCUACCGGUGCGCCCGAGUCGAGGCUAUCCGUCGCCGUCACCUCAUAGGUUAAGGCUUCUGCUUCCGUCCGUUAGCUAUAAGUAUUACUCCUACACUACAUCACAAACAGAGAUUCAAACUUUGUUCUUUUAACAGUUUCGGCCGAACCGCCAAACAAUGAAAGACUGAAGGAAAAAUAUACUAACUCAUGUCACAAGACUAGGCGCAUAUCUAAUUCUGUAACUUUUUGAGUCGAGUAGGUCUUUUCUACAAUCAGACAACAUCUCCAUACAGCAAGGCCGUAUAAGUGCACCCCACUACAAGGCCCAUAAGGCACUAUUUUGAUAGAUAUUUUAGUAUUGAAUGUAUGGUCAUAUUUAUUUGUUCUGCAACUUUAUGUAAGAUGAAAUGCUAUAUGUAUAAAUAGGUAGGUAUUUACUGAAGUACAACGAUAUCACUGCCUCGAGGUGGAGAACAUAAUCUAUAAUCAGUAUAUAAUAAGACAACAAGUCCUAUGUCAUAAUCGUUAGGUAUAUUUAUUUGAUAUUGUAGGUGUAGAUCCCAAUACCGAUAUAACUGUUGAGAGCUUAUGCAAGAUUUUUUAAUGAUUUUUACAGAAAACUCGAAUCUCACUUUAUUGUACUUAUGAUAGAUCUCUUUUUUAUACGACGUUUAUUUUUAUUAUUAUCUCUACAAACUGUUGUUCUUUACACUAUGUAUUAAAUAAAGAUUUUUUUAUAGGGA